AUGAAAUUAUUGAGACGUUCCUUGCCAGGAGUUAAUCAAUAUUUCAAUGAAUUUAAAAACUUCUUCACAGAUAAUGAAGCUGAAGAAGAUUCAAAAAAACGUAUAGAAGUAUUAGAGACUCUAGAAAUGAAUAUAAAUGAAGCCUUGGAAGAAGAAAACCAAGAGCUUAAAGAGCAAACAUUAAAAUGCAAGAUAUGUUUGGUAGAAAACAUUAUGCAUUGUUUUGUGCAUAUAAAGUAA